AUGCCCUGGAAGGCGCUGGAGACCCUGAGAUUUCCCUUGAGGGCCCCUGGGAUUGCCGCUGUUCGUGGGAUAGCCCCUGUGGGAGCCAGCGCCCCUGGCAGGGCCGCUGGAUGCACCACCGUCCCUGGGAUAGCGAUUCGGGGCGCCACCGCCCCUGGGAGUGCCUCUGGGAACGCCGGUGUCCCUAGGAGAGCCCCUGGUAGCCCUGCCGUCCCUGGAGAGGCUCCUGGGAGCCUCACGGUCCCUGAAAAACCCCUGGAAGCGCCACCGUUCCUGGGAAAACCCCUGGGAGCUCUACUGUCUCUGGCAUGGCCCCUGGAAGCAACACUGUCCCAGGGAGAGCCCUUGGGGGUGCCUAUAUCCCUUGGAGGACCCCUGGGUGCGCCGCAGUCCCUGGCAUUGCCCUUGAGGGUCCCACCGCAACUGAGAGGGCCCCUGGAAGCGUCGCUCUUCCUGGAAGAGCUCCUAGGGCCGCCACCGGGUCUGGGAGGGCCCUUCAAAGCCCCAAUGCCACUGAAAGGGCUCCUUGAAGCACCGCUGUCCCUGAGAGAGCCCCUGGGAGCGCCAGAGCCCCUGGCAGGGUCCCAGGAAGCAACGCAGUACCUGGGAGGGCCCAAGGGAGCGCCACAACCAAUGGCAGGGUCCCUGGGUGCACUACCGUCUCUGGGAGGCCCCUGGGGGGCUGAUAUCCCUGGGAGUGCCUCUGGGAGCGCCGUUUUCCCUGGGAGAGCGCCUGGGGGAGCCUGUGGCCAUGGGAGUGCCCCUGGGGGCGCCGCCGUCCCUGGGAGGGCCCUUGAGAGCGCCGCUGCCCCUACAAGCGCCGCUAUCUCUGGGAUGGCCCCUGGGGGUGCCACCACACCUGAGAUGGCCCCUGCGAGAGCCCCUGGGGGCGUUCCUUUCACUGAGAGAGCCCGUGGGGCGCCACCGUCUCUAGGAGAGACCUUGGAGGCGCCAGCACCUCUAGCAGAGCCCCUGGGGCGCCAGCCCCCCUAG